AUGGCUACAGCUAUGCAGGCGAUAGCCAAGGCACUAGGUAAUCAGAUAAACCAGGGUAAUCACGGGAACAAUAAUGAUGAGGACGGUCCUAUGACACUUGCUACAUUUCUAAAAGUUCACCCUCCGACCUUCAGGGGAACCUCAAAUCCCACUGAUGUAGACAAUUGGAUUCAGACUAUGGAACGGGUGCUACAGGCUCAACAGGGAACACGACGUAUCCUGCAGCCUGAUGAUGCUGCGAUUCCUUGGGAGGUUUUUUGGACAGAGUUUUAUAAGAAAUACUUUCCUAAUUCAAUCAGAAAUGCCAAGGAACUUGAAUUGAUGCAAUUAAAGCAGGACCAAAUGUCUGUUACUGAGUAUACUAGCAGGUUUGAGGAGUUAUGUCGCUUUUCUCGUAUCUGUCAAGGUGCGCCUGAAGAUUUUGCUGAGUGGAAGUGUAUUAAAUAUGAGGGAGGUCUUCGGAGCGAUAUUCUGAGCUUCUUUGCUCCAAUGGAGAUUAGAGUAUUUUCUGAAUUGGUGAAUAAGAGUAGGGUGGCUGAAGAAUGUGUGAGGAAGGCGCAGCAGAGAAAGGGAGUCUGA